GGAAACCUCAGUCAACUUCAUACAGCUUUUUAGAGCUCAGGCGUGAAAGCCAAGCGGAAGGGGAGCAGAACUCCCUCGCCUUGGCUCAUCUAUUUAACCCGAAGCCCCCAAGGCUGACUUUGAAGCUCUCCCGGCUGAGCGGCGUGGAAGGCCCUCACUUGCGCCCGUUCCCCCGAGGCUCGGUCUGGCAGUGGGAAGCCUUACGAGGGGAAGAGAGGCAAGUAGACACCAGGUGCCUGGAUGAGACGGGGCUAUUGCAGUGCAAAGCGUGGCCAUCCCAUCCUCCUGACGGCUCGUGAUGACUGCAGCACAGUAGGGCACCGUCCCAUCAGAGCCAGGAUUUUUUAUUUUUUUUUAAAAAAAAAAAAUCGGGCUGCGAUUUGGGAAUGGUUUCCUUGCUUCAGGACCAAGCCGGUAUUAAGUUCCCUUCUUCGGACACACUGAACAGCGACCACCAAGACGACCUCAUGCAGAUGCAGGGAGACUCCAGCCCCCCAGAGCAGCAAGCUGAUAAUCCCAGUUUCAGCUGCCAGGCGUACGACCCGGACAGCAGGACAGAAAGGAAGAGUUCAGACUCGUCGCACAGCCCCAGCCCCUCUUCUCCAGCUCACGACCCGCUUCACGGGAGAUUCCCUGCCAGCCAAGCCAUCCAUGCUGCCAGGAGCAAGUUUAAAACCACCCACAGUCUGGAAAAAUUCAGAAGGUAUAGCUACGACGAAAACACGGCCGGGACCUACGGCAGCUUCCUCAAGAGCAGCAGGAACCCCUUCCAUCCUUACAAGAGGCAGAUCAGCGAGGAGGUCUUCCAAGAAAGCCAUCAAGCCCUCGCGCUGGAUGAUCAUGCCUUCAAAAAUGCAAGAAGCGCUGAAACUUUUGAAGAGCUGCCAGGAUCUACAGGCACGGGAGAGACAGAGGCCUUCCCCACACACGUUCCCAACAUCUCCACGGAGCAAACGUGGUGCAACAGCCUCCAGUACAGCACCCGGGGCCAAGAUCCCGGCACUCAAGCCUUGCAGGAUUCGGAGGUCAGCCUUAAAGCCCUGUCACUGGAAGGGCAGCCCGGUCUGUACUGCUACCAGCCUCAGGUGCAAGAGAUGUACUGCCCCUCGCACCCGUUCCAGCAGUAUUCCCCAGGAAGCAGCUACCCUGUGACCUACCUCCCUUCGCCCCAGUACCCCUACCAGAGGAUCGCUCCUCAAGGAAGCCAAGAGUCCCACCAGCCUCUGUUUCCAAAGCCGAUCUACUCCUACAGCAUCCUGAUCUUCAUGGCACUCAAGAACAGCAAGACGGGGAGCCUGCCGGUCAGCGAGAUUUACAAUUUCAUGACGGAACAUUUCCCUUAUUUUAAGACAGCUCCGGACGGCUGGAAGAAUUCGGUCCGCCAUAACUUAUCCUUGAACAAGUGCUUUGAGAAAGUUGAAAAUAAGUCAGGCAGCUCUUCUCGGAAAGGCUGUCUGUGGGCACUGAAUCCAGCCAAAAUCGAUAAGAUGCAGGAAGAGCUCCAGAAAUGGAAGAGGAAAGAUCCGGUCGCUGUGAGGAAGAGCAUGGCCAAGCCAGAAGAGCUCGACACAUUGAUAGGAGAGAAGAUGGACAAACUGAGGCCUUCCGUCAUGGCCUGCAAUCCAAAUGGUGUCACAAGUUCAUCAGGGGUUUCCAGACAGAUGUUAGCCCAGCCCCACUCUCUGUGUGACCCAUCCCUCUCGUCUGGUCCCCCCCCGGCUUUGCAUGCUAUUCAUCCACCAGGACCAUUAUGUGCCAAGAACCCACUACCAAGUUUGCUCGGAGGGCACCACUCUUCGUGUUACACAUCGUCACAGGGCUUUCCUCCAAUCUCGACCACGUUAAUGCAGCAAUCACCAGGAAUCCCUCAGACCAUAUUCCCUUCUGGAGACACCCAAAGUGAACUCAGGGCACAGCCUAGCACCACCCAGGACUCCCCCGUGCCAGCUCAGACCCCUCCUAUACAUGGCAUGAAGAUGCUGACAGAGCACUCGGCAACCCGAACAAUGCAGGACACGCUCAUGCAAGACGGCGACCUGAGCAACGACAUCGACGCCCUUAAUCCGUCCCUGACUGAUUUUGAUCUCCAAGGAAACCUCUGGGAAGAGCUGAAAGACGACAGCCUGGCUGCGGACCCCCUGGUUCUCAUCUCGUCCUCCCAGUGUUUGCCUCCACACUGCCAGAUGGAUGGUGGCACCAGCAGCGCCCCCCACACCAGCUUACCCGACCUCCAGCUUACCACCCUUUACUCGGCAUUUAUGGAAGUGGAUGCAGUGUCUACACCCUACUUGAGCAAUCCUGGAUCGAAGCCCAUAGCAUUAGUGUGAACCACAAGCCAGCCUCACUGCCGUUAUUUGUGUCCCAACACAGGAUACAAAUCACUCUAGCACCUUCGCUAAAAUAAAUCAGUACUGUGUCCAGCCACAUAAGGACUCUCUUUUUCUAGAGCUGGCCUGCAGGAAAUAGAAGCCUUCCCUAAGCCUACUUGUAAGAGAUGAUAUUAAAUGCUGGAAAAAAAACCCACAUGGCCCGCUAGUUUAAAGAUAAAUUGAGGCUGGCCAAAAAGGCACUGGGAGCUUUUCUGCAUCUUCCUGAAAUAAAAGAUGAGCUGAGGAAAACAAACAGCUGUCAGAUAUUUGUAUGGGAGCCUCUUGCGAUUGAACGUGUAAGUCAAGGCAAACAAAAAUAAAAAUAUUCCCAAGAAAUACCUCUCAAGUCAGUGAUGUCUGUGCCUUCUGCUGCAGACCAGGACAG